AUGCCCUUAAGUGAUAAUAGCAAUGUCACCUUCUCAAUGCCGCCUGCAAAGAGACAGAAAACAGACACUGACAGUACUGCUCGCAGAGCUACACAAGAUACUGGGUCUAGAAUUUUUUCACCAUUUCGGACGCUUGGAUUGGUUUCGCCCACCCCUGUCCCUUUUACGUACGCUAGACUUGGAAAAGUUACUUUUCAAAUAACAACCUCCGUCGGCCGCUGUCUACACACCUAUGACCUACGUCAAGGGCUCAAGCUAGUGUUUAUCAGUCGCCCGCAAACUCCGCGAGAUAUUACCGCCACAUUCGCAUGGCAAGAUAAAGUAUUCGCAGCCUGGGGGGAUGCGGUGCCAGGAGCUCUUAGCGGCAUCUGGGUUUUCAAACGCGGAAAGAAAAUUGCAUCUCUGGAAACCCUGGCUGACCUUACUGAACCCAUUGAACAUCUGGUCGUUUUCGGCUCGUGGAUUGUCGGAUGCUGUGGAAACUCGAUCACAGUCUGGAAAAAUGGAACCUAUGAGUAUUACACGUCGCUUACCCUUACACGCUCCGGCGGGACCUCCAGCCGACCCGCCUAUGCGACUCGAAUAUGCAAUGUGCCAACUUAUCUUAAUAAAGUUUUCAUUGGAAAAUCCGACGGAGCAGUUGAUAUCUGGAAUUUAAAGACCGGUAAACUUAUCCAUAGCAUUCUUCCAGCCUUCCCCAACGCGGGGCUAGUUACCGUGCUUCGACCAAGCCCCGUGCUUUCAGUCAUCGCAAUCGCCUACGAAAGCGGAGCAAUCGCGAUACAAAAUGUGGAAACUGGUCAAAUUAUUUUUUCAUUCCAACCACAGACGUCUCAUACGCGAGCCAUAACGUGUAUCGCCUUUCGGAGCGAUGGUGCUGGUGCGGGGGAAGACGGUCGUCAGGCUGGGGCGAUGGCAACCUCGUGUGUGGGCAGUGGAGAUAUCACGCUAUGGGACUUGAACCGCGGUGGCCGUGUAACGGGUGUCCUUCGCGAAGCUCACAAAGCCCCUGGAGACAGCGCGGGCUCGGGCAUAAACCAUAUGGAGUUCCUAGAUGCCCAACCAGUAAUCGUCUCCACGGGAAAGGAUAAUUCACUUCGAACAUGGAUUAUCGACGAGUCUCCAUUUUCCCCGAUUCCGAGGCCUCUACACUCCAGGCGAGGCCAUUCGGAUGUCAUAACUACCGUCUCGUUUCUACCAACAUCCUCCGACGGCUCAGAAUCUGCAGCCAAAUGGCUACUGAGCGCAGGCAAAGAUAGCAGCUUGUGGGGAUUCAGCCUACGAAAAGACAGUCAAAGCGCCGAGGUAUCUCAAGGUUCUGUGGAUCAAAGGGCUAGAAAAAGGGGCCAAUCUUUGUCAAACCAGCCGAAUUUUAGGGCACCUGAAAUUACUUGUAUUGCAUGUUCCCUUAAUCGGGACGGUGGAAUAGGUGUCACGGCCUCAGGCCCUAUUUGGUCGAACCCAACAGCUACCGACACGACGUCGUCAAAUCGGACUGGAUGGGAGAGUAUAAUAACAGGUCACCGUGGAGACAAGUAUGCUAGGACCUGGUUUUGGGGUAAGAAGAAGGCUGGACGCUGGGUAUUUGAGACUGAUGAUGGGACUGAUGUCAAGAGCGUCGCUAUAUCUCAGUGUGGUACCUUUGCUGUGAUUGGAUCUGCAGGAGGUUCCAUCAGCCUGUUCAAUAUGCAGUCUGGGCAACAUCGGCAAAGCUACCCUCGAAAAGUUAAGAAUAAAUUAGCUAAUGAAGGCGCCGGUCCGGGGCGCCAAUCGAACAUCUCCGCAAUGCAUACAAAAGCUGUCACCGGCCUAGCAAUUGAUAGCCUGAAUCGGACAAUUGUCAGUUGUGAUCUAGACGGCAAGGCCAAGUUUUGGGAUUUUAAGUCUGGUUCGCUCAUUAACGAGCUUGACUGGUAUCCGAUGACGGCGAUUACAGCUCUACGAUAUAGCAACACAAGCGAUUUGGUUGCAUUUAGCUGCGAUGAUCUUUCAAUACGCGUCGUUGACAUGGAAACAAAGAAGGUCGUCCGUGAACUCUGGGGAUGCGCAGGACAGAUAAAUGACUUGACCUUCUCUAGUGAUGGGCGGUGGAUAAUUGCUGCUUCUAUGGAUUCCAUUGUUCGGGUGUGGGACUUACCGACUGGCCAUCUCAUCGACCUUUUUCGCGUAACCAGUACGUGCACCUCUCUGACCAUGUCUCCCACCGGAGACUUGUUAGCCACGGCGCAUGCAAAUGGUGUAGGAAUCGGCCUCUGGUCGAACAAAAACUUGUUCACGCCAGUUUCCACAAGGAAUCUUCAGAUGGAUAAUCUGUCGGAUACUGAUCUCCCUGCCUCAUCGGGCGAGGGAGGGGUCGGGAUCAUUGAAGCAGCCUUCAAGAAAGAUUGCGAAGAAACCAGUCGCGACAGCCCGAUCUUAUCUACGGAGCAGCUCACUCAAGAGAUGUUAACGCUUAGCGUUGUCCCCAGAAAUAAGUGGCAGACGUUGGUUCACAUGGAUUUGAUCAAGGAGCGGAAUAUGCCCAAGGAACCGCCGAAAGCGCCCGAAAGAGCCCCGUUCUUUUUCCCUACGUCCUCAACUACCGGUUCAAUUGAUAACAACGCCAAUGCACAAUUACCAGGGGAUCUAACACCAGCGGAGCUUUCACGCAUUGCCAGAGUGCAGCUUUCCAAAAGCACAAUUCAGAGCUCUCGGCUGGCAUCAAUUUUGCAAGAAGGUUAUCUGUCUGGGAACUUUGACUCCUUCUUUUCCGAGCUGAAAUCAUUGACCCCAGCGAAACUCGAAGUGGAAAUUAGGUCUUUAAAUCCUCAAGUAAAAGGAGACCAGUCUGAACUGUCGGUCUUCAUUCUGGCGUUGUCUGACCGCCUCGCAUCCAAGAGAGAUUUUGAGCUCGUCAAUGCCUGGAUGGCAGUGUUCUUAAGGAUACAUUCUGAUGUUGUCGCAGCCUGCUCCGAGUCGAGUGUGAGUACUGGGAAUACGCUGAGAAGCGCCCUUGGUGUUUGGAGUCGGAUCCAAAGAACAGAGAUUCAGCGCCUGGCGGGUCUUGUAAGCUACUGCCGAGGCGUUGUUGGUUUCCUCAGGUCCACUCGGUAG